CGUAGACUUGGCCUUCUCUGCUUUAUAUAUCAAGUCUUCUUCGUAUCUAAGCUUAUCUACCGUGGCGCCAUGCCAUCUCCCCCCCACACCCCGCCUGCCAUGGCCGAUGUCAAUGAGCGUCGUAAAGCCCAGAAUAGAGCUGCCCAGAAGAAGUACCGCACAAGACAAAAGCUGCGCAUCGAUCUCGCCAGAGCUAUUCUAUGCGAAAAGCCACACCAGCAGAAUGAUAUAGCGACAGACGCCUUGGCAGCCACCCUCGAGCAGUAUGGCUUGCCCUUUGAUCUCGAUGGCGGGAGUACCCGCAACACGGGUUCUACCGACUCGUCAACGACGACCGCCACCACCAACAACACCAACACAACAGCAGACGACAUUCAUUCCCUGGACCCGUCGCUUGGUCGCCUAGAUUGGAUGCACAGCAGCGGCGACUCCAAUUCUUGCAAUGGUGCAAUGUCCUCAUCAAACACGCCCCCACUGGCACUGUCGCCCAGUGACAUUGACAAUUUUAUUCUGAUGAGCCCUGCAUCGCAUCGCAUGCCAUCCUUGUCAUCAGCGUCAGUCUCAGAUUGGCCAGGGUCCGUCGUCGCCCACGACGAAUGUACAGAAGAAAACACCAGCUACAUCAACAGCAGCAGCAGUAGCACCGCCUCCACGACCAUACUCGACGAAACUUCCAGUCCCUUAUACACAGCCAUUACAUUGGGAAACAUAGAAAUGGCCCGCCUCCUCGUCCGCUCCGGCGCAAAGCUCGACUUGCCCGACCGAAAUGGUGACACCUGGUUGCACCACUGUGUUCGGCGCGGCGAUAUUACGACGGCCAGUGCAAUACUCGACCUAGGGGCGAAUAUCUUGCACACUACAGCUGGCGGAAGGACGCCGCUGCAUCUGGCUGUCACAACAGGGAACGAGGCCAUGGUUUCCAUGCUCCUUGACUGGUGUAUGAAUGCAAAAGAUCCGCCUGGUGCUGCUCUCCCAACUCCCCUCACUUCUGCUGCUAGUCCCAGUCCAGAUCCCACUUCGACAGCAUCGACUAUGGUGCCCACGCACAGUAAUGCCGUUCGAACGUUGUCAGGUCGCAGAUCUAGUUUGUUAGCCCACAUCAUAGACGCCUGCGAUGCCCACAAUAUGACGGCUCUGCAUCUUUCCGUCAAGCUGCAGCGCAUCGAGAUUCUGAAGACCUUACUUGAGUACGGUGCGAAUGUGAUGUAACAUGUUUCUAGCUAAUCGUCUCUGGUCUUUUCGUUUAGCCUUUCCGCUCCUCACGUUUUCUUUGGUCUCUCGCUCAUCUCUAUGAAGAUAUCUGUGCAAACACUUGCUGAGAUGAUUUGAUCUAUUUUAUUCACGGACUGAACGAUUCAGGGCAUUAGAUACAUCUCUCUUCGAGGGAGAAGAAUUUAAAUGAAGUAAAAACCUGGAAUGAAAUUAGAAUCUUAAAACAAUGUGUACAUGGGUCAGUUAAGAUGUAUCUGACCAUUAGAGAACUGGGGAUACCGAACAUUUGAAUAUGUGAACAUCGAAUGCACAUGCUACAACUCCAUCACGUGACAUUUGUGACAACAAAUGCUCCCACAAUGCCCACUUCCAGUCACGCAUGUGAACAGUAAAAAGUCCUACCAGCAGUAAUAUCUGCUCCAUCUCAUCUAGUCUAUCUGGCUAUAGGAAUACGCGUGCGUAUAACCUCCAUUACUACUGGCCAGGACGCUACGCUGCACUGCGCUGCAAUGCACUGUACUACACUCUGCAAUUCUAUAGACCCUGCCGAUAACUCAAGUGCUGUAACG